AUGAAUACAACAAUAGCAUGGCAGAUUCUUCUCAUGCUUGCUUUGUUAUCAGAAGCUGCCGCAGAUGCUACUGUCGGCGACUUUUUUGCAGAGUGCCCAAUUGCCCAUUGCAGAGAAGGGGGGCCUGAGAUCAGGUAUCCCUUCAGGAAGGUGAACCAACAAUCCAUCUGCGGCGUCCCUGGGUUUGAGAUCAGAUGUACUGCAGACAACAGGACUGUCAUCAAUCUACCCUACGAAGGCGACUUUUAUGUGCAGUCAAUCGACUAUAGACACAACCAACUGCAGAUUAGCGACCCACAAGGAUGCCUGAUCAACCGAACCAUCAUCCCCUUCAAUCUCUCCUCUUCUCCGUUUCGCCGAUACUACGAAAUUUCAAACUUUUCACUUUUCAACUGCAGUUCCGCUGAUGCCUCCUCAAUUCAGGGUUACCUUAACACCAGCGCUUCCUUCCUUGUCGAUUGCUUGAGCACAUUUGAAUCAGCUCACAUCUAUGCGGUCAAUUCUGAUGAGUCCCUCGCCACCGAGCCUCCUUUUUGUAACAGGCUGGAAACGACGGCCAGCCUCGACUCUCCUAGCUAUUCCACUUACGAUUUAAAUUUUACAACGUUCUUGAUACUGAGAUGGGAGCUUCCUUUCGACUGCAGUUCCUGCAAAGGGGGUCAGCUGUGCGGCCGCAACCUCACAACCAACGCGACGGCCUGUCUCAAGCCUCCCCACCUUAACCAAG